AUGUCAUCUUCAGGAGAUCAUCUGAGCGAUCGUUGUGAUUGUGAUCUGUGCAUAUUGGGGAGGCAUGCUAAUUUCAUCUGGCAUCAGCUCGGUCGUCAACUCAGCCGACUCUGGUGUUGUGGAAAUAAGGAAAAUGUCGAUGAUGAUGCCCCAUGCCCCAAGGCUGGUUAUGAUGCCGCAUACUCCGAGGCUGGUCAUGAUGCCGCUUACCCCGAGGCGUUUGAUGAAGCUGCAUGCCCCAAGGCCAGUCAUGAUGGGGCAUGACCCAAGGCUGGUGAUUUUGAGAAUGGUUCUCC